AUGCCUAAAGCGGCAACUGCAGAAACUGAGGCAGGACCUGAUGGCCAGAAUAGAGAUCCAAGGAAUGAUGAAUCAGCAUUCAAACAAUCUGCCAACGGUCAAGCCAAUGUGCCAAAUGAAUUUCACAAUGGCACAAACCCAAAAUCUAGAAACCCAAGUGAUUCGUCUGCAACAUCUUUGUCCCCACUUAAUUCACCAGGGGUUUCACCGAUUUUGCAGAGGAAGAAGUAUGUUACUCUCAUAAACAAAAUCAGGAAACGGGAGCUCUCAAAAACUCCAUUUUAUUCCUUGGAGUUUUUUCCACCCCGCACCCAGAGUGGUGCUCUUAAUCUUAUUUCCAGGUAUUUGCAUUUUAUUUGUAACCAUAUUUAAAAGAAAUUAAACGGAAAUUUAUAUUAUCUAUUUUUACAACACUUUUAUCAGAGCUGUACAAAAGUUUUCUUUUCUCUUUUUGAGAAAUGACAAGGGGUCUGUACAUAUUAUGGUGGAUUAAAAUUACCAUUAUUUCAUACUUUGUGGGUCAAUGUUAAUUCUUCUGCAGGUGACUAUUUCUUCUUCUUUGGCUUAUUGCACUUAUAUAAUGGUGCAUAGGCAGUUCACAAAUGCUUUCCAUUGGUCUCUCUUCUAAUCUAAGCUAUUUAUUUCAACUCGUUCCACUUCUUGCAGUUUUUCGUAUUUUCUCCGCCAAGAUCCUUCCUCCAUAUACUCCGUGGUCUUCAUCUUGUUCUAUUUUCCUGUGGAGUCCAUGACAGUGAGUGUUGAGUGAUAUUUGGUUUUGGUUUCCUUGGUCAACCACCAUUCCAUUUCCAACUUUGUAUUCUUGGUUGGUUAUCAAUUCUGUUCAAACAAGAACAAAAUGCUCACAAUACAAAGUUAAUAUUUGAUAGCCCCUACUUUCUCUCUCCCCCCCCCCCUCCCAAAACAAUGUUUCAGAUUAUCUCCACAUCAUUUUAAUUGCAGAUGUUAGAAAAAAUAUUUCUUGAGAGAAGGCGCUAUGUACAAAAAAAUUGCUUUAGUAGAUAAUUUUUUAAAGGAAAAAGGGAAACCAAAAAUAAUGAACCCAAUGUAACUAAAUUUUUAAAUAUAAUAUUGUCUUAGAAAUGUUUAAUUUACAAAGAAACUUUUAUGAACAGUAUCUAUAAAUAUAUUUAUAUGGGCUUUUUGUCAUUUAAAUUUUUUUUUUUAAAAGGUUUGAGCGCUUGUCUGAUGGUAAGCCAUUGUUCUGUGAUAUGACCUGGCACCCAGCAGGUGAUCCUGGAAAUACAGAGAAGCCAACCAGCUCUACCUGUAUUGCUGGUAUAAUGCUCAACUACUGUGGAAUCGAGACGAUGCUUCACAUGACAUGUGUGGGGAUGACCACUGACACAAUCAAAGAGAACCUUCACAAAGCUAAGGACCUGGGUAUAAGGAGUAUCUUGGCCCUUAGGGGAGGUGAGGUUUAUGAGGUUGGGAAAUUAAUGGGGAUUCUCAAGAGGCGGGGGAUGGGCUUAGAAUUAGUUUGGGGUUAACUCUGGACACUUUUUGCUCAUUGGGAGAGGUGAGCAUAACAACAAUUUUGUUUAGAUCAUGAAGUGUCAAUACCUUUUUUCUUCUAGAUUUGGUUUUGUUAGGAGUUGCAUUCUACAGGUUAACAUGCAAUUUAAAAAAAAAAUACUUUGUACUCUAUCUCUGGCAAAAUCUUCAUUUUGAUGGAUCUGAUGUUUGCCAGAUUAAAUUACCCACUUAUAUGAAGAUGCAAUAAAAUAACAUCGACCAAAAGAUAGUAAAGACAAAACAUAAAAAAAAGGAUUUAAUAUUUAUUCUUGAAUGACGUUUCAAAUGUAUUAUAUCUGAUUUUAUAAGUAUAUAUCUACAUCUUAAUCUAUUACAAAUUCUGUAGGCUGCUUGCAAAUAGAUAUUGUUAUUUUCUUAGAUAUCACUAUAUUCUUUACAUUCUACGGAUGUUGUAUUCAUAGAUUCAAGUUGUUUCUUGCCAUUCCACAGAUGGUUGUUUUAAUAAUUCAAGUUUGUUUUUCUUUCUUUUUCUCAGAUCUCCCUGAAGGUUCCCAUGAGUGGCAGGAGACAAAAGGGGGAAUCAAUUAUGCAACUGAUCUAGUCAAACUUAUCAAACAAGAGUUUGGGGAUCACUUUGUCAUUUGUGUGGCAGGUCAGUGUUGAUUUUGUGAUGUGGAUUACAAGUUUCUUAAAGAAAAUUUCAUUAAAGUCAUCUGACUGCAAAAUCAUAUAUUUCAUGCUAUUUAACAAAAUAAUUGACAUGAUUUUUAUUUUUUAAUGUCGAUUUAUGAAGGUGUUUCCAGUUGAGAAAAUAGGCUUAGAGUCCCUAAAAUGCUUUAAUCAAUGGUUGGAUAUCUUCAUUCUAGAUAUUCUAUCUUAUAUUUAAAACAAUUGUAGUUGAUUAAUUGGGUCAUAAAUUCAUUUUCCAUGUUCAAAAUUAUAAGGAUUUGUUAAAUUAUUAUUUUUUCUUCAAUUAUUCUUUAAGGUUAUCCCACUGGCCACCCAGAAUGUAAGUCUUAUGAACAAGAUCUCCAACACUUGAAGGAGAAAGUGGAUGCAGGGGCUGAUUUCAUCAUUACACAGCUAUUCUUUAAAGCUGAAACAUUCCUGAAGUACAUCAAAGAUUGCAGGAAAAUAGGGAUUAAUGUCCCAAUCAUACCUGGCAUAUUGCCAAUUCAGGUUGGUCUUUAAAUAUAUUUUCUUUAAAAGUCUCAUCUCUAAGACUGCUUCAGAUCUGUCCCAGGAAGGGUACAAAAAAAAAAGAAUAAACUGAAAAAGAAUGUGGACAUAAGCUAGAGUUCUUCCACAGACUUAAUUUGCACCCUUAUUCUACAUCACAUAGACUUAAAAAGAAAUUAAGAUUACAUUUCUGAUUUUACUAUUAUUACAAGAACCUUGCCAUAAGCUAUGUUGGUUGAGGAUGUGAGGUGCAAAAUUUUUCAGUACUCAAAAUGUAAAAAUUCAUUUUUAUUUUUUUUAAAUGUAAUGCCUUUAGACCAUAAUGUGAAAAUUUAAGUUCUUCUUCUAUCCAACAAGGCCUACCAGUCUCUGCGACACAUUGUCAAACUGUCAAAACUUGAAGUGCCACCAGAAAUCUUAAAUGCCAUUCAGCCAUUCAAAGACAAUGACGAGGCCAUCAGAAAAUAUGGCAUUGACCAGUCUGUUGAGAUGUGCAAAACACUUCUCAACGCUGGUGUCUACGGCCUUCAUUUCUACACCCUCAAUCGGGAGGUUGCGGUCAAAGAGGUCCUCAAACGAUUGGGUUUGUGGUCAGAAAAUGUUCACAGACCCUUACCCUGGAAACAGAGUGCGAACCACACCAGAUGUGAUGAGGAAGUGCGACCCAUUUUCUGGCGGUGUCGACCCAACAGCUACGUGUAUCGCACUUCCGAAUGGGAUGAGUUCCCCAACGGUCGGUGGGGAGACUCGCGUGCGGCAACCUUCAAUGACUUGAAAUACUACCAUUUAUUUUAUCUCAAAAGUCGGUCUUCCAGAGAGGAACUGCUGGAGAUGUGGGGGGAGGAGCUGAACUGUGAAGAAGAUGUCUGGACAGUUUUUGUUAACUAUCUCACAGGAGAGCCCAACAAAAAGGGGGUCAAGGUCAGUCCAGUAAUUUUUUUUUGUGUGUUCCAUUCUGCAUUAUAGAUUGAUAAGUAUUAAAAAUUGAUUGCCAUUGCAGUAUGACACUGCAUAUUAAAUAGUUUUUGUAUAAAUAUACUGAAGCUCACAUAUUUAAAUGUAAUGAGAAAUGGGAUAAGUGCAGCUAUUCUGUUAAACCUUUAUUUAACCCAAUAAGUAACUUGCAUGCCAUGAAGAUACAUGUUUGAUCUUGCCAUACAGCAGGUUACAUGUCACACUUAUACACAAAAUUUCAUUCCCCCCUCCCCCCCCCCUCCUUUUUAACCCCUUACUUUACAUGCAAGUCAAACAUGGCAAUUUUUUUUUUUUUUAAAGCAAAACUUUUAUAGUAUAAGGGUAUGCAAAAGUUGUCUAAUUUUAAAAAAAAAAGGAAAGAUACUCGAAUUAAAUAAUAAUUUCCAUAAGAAAUUGUUCAUUUAUGCCAGCAGUCAGUUGACAGAUUGACGCAAUCAAUAAAUUGUUGGCUAGUGUGUCUGUUAAUGUGCUUUAACAUUGUUGGCUAGUGUGUCAGACUGAAUGAGUGAGUGAGCUUUGGACUUGUUGGUGGGAAAGGAGAGUCUUCAAUGAACAUGCCAAGAUUCACUUAAUUUUGGAGUGCAAUCUAUUUUUGAUUUAAUCAAAGGAUAAAGGAAUCAGAUAAGAAAAUGAUGUGGGAUAGUAGUUCAAGAUGUCAUUCAUUGCACUUUUAUUUUCUUUUAUCAACGGGGAACAGCCGUUAUGUAUCACAAGUUUUUUUGUGUGUGUGUGCGCUUGCUAAUUUAAGCCAUGAUGCCUGAAGGCUUUUUGAGAGGCCUAGGCUGGGUCAAAGGGCUAUUUAAAGCUUUCCUAAUGGGCAUUGUCUACAUUUUGUGAGAUUAAAGGUCACUGGGUUAAAGUCUAAUCUUUGUGUAGCUAGAGUGGUAAAUGACUAUUAUAAAGAAGAAACAUAGUUAAAUGUCCAUGUUGGAGUAAUGGUGUUGUUGAUUGAUUGAACUUUAAUUGGUUUGAUAAAGACUUGAAUGUUCAGUUAAAAAAUGAUACUUUUUUUUUCCUAAGUAGAUAAACUGGAUUAGUUCUCACGGCUCACAUAUGUGCAAUAAACAGCAUAUUAUGACCUGGCAAUUUUUUUGUGUGAACCUUGUCCUGUUAAGUUGGAAACUAUUUUUAACUCAGUGGUUCUCAAAUUUUAAGGAUCAUUUCAAAUGAUGUGUUGUUAUUGUAUACACUUACAUACAAUCUUCUUUGAAUGUACUAUCGGCAAAAAGAAGUGUGUGUGUAAUUUUAAUUUUGUUUGUGGGGGGUUACUUUAACUUGUAUAUUUUUUUUUAUAGUGCACUAGCAUAAAAAUUUUAAAGUACAAUUGAAAUUUUGUAUGUUUGUAUUACAAAAUACGUACUGGGAAACACUGCCAAUGGUGAUAAUUGAUGUAGCAUUAGUUGCCUGUUGAAAGGCAUUAAAUACCAAAAAGCCAUGAUUAGGUGUUUUUAUUAGUUUGUGGCAUUAAAAACAAUCAUCACCACAUCAGACCACAGUGUGGUUUUAAUAAAGAAAAUGACAGAAAGGUGACAUUGAAUGGAUUAAUGUAGGAACUUUGAAGUUGUUGUUUUUUUAUUCCACCAAUCUUCCACAUUGUUUGUAACUGAGUGAAUCUCAAAUUUUGUCUAAUGACCAUAAGAAUAAAACACUCAUAUAGCAGAUUAUUAAUCUAUUUUUGAUUAGUCCAAACUAUAUGAACCUAUGUUUUGGUCACUCCAUAAAUAAUUCUCUAGGAGUAAACAUAUGUCCCUAUAAGCUUUAACAAUAAAAUAAGGACUGUUAAUGAUAUCUAAUUUUUUUUUUUUUUCCGCCCUUCAAUUCCAUAAUUGUUAGGUAAAAAGAAUACCAUGGGAUGAUGAUGAAAUUGUUUCAGAGACCUCGUUAAUCUCAGACAAGCUGGCAUGUGUCAACAGACAAGGUGUCCUCACAAUAAACUCUCAACCUCGGGUCAACUGUGUGCCAUCCACAGACCCAAUUGUUGGAUGGGGAAGUCCAAAUGGGUAUAUUUACCAAAAGGUGAAAAUUUCAAUUGUCAUGGUUGUUUUUACUGUUUAAGUUUUGUAUUUUGAAGUACAUACCUUAAGAAUUGCUGUGAGUCCUUGUAUUUUACCCCUUUGGGGCUCCUCGGAGUUAAUAAAAAUGUUUCCUAUCAAUUGGUGAUUAAAUUUUACUUUAACUGGUUAACUACCAUAAGCCGAUGGGAGCGGCAGGGCGUUUCUUUUGUUAUGGCCACGAGCCGCUGGUAACGCCAACGUUUGUAUCGUUGUCAACAUGACCUAGAUUUAAUUCGGCAACAGCCGGUUUUUCAAUCUGGUAGCUAAUCAGUUAAUGUAACCAGCACACUAUAGGAAACUUAAACAAAAAAAUCAUGUCUUUCUGCAGGGAUAAUGAAAUAAAUAUAUUUCAGACUAUGAACUUUACAUAUAGUCUAUAAAGCUAUGCAAUUUUGCAUCAAUAUGAGAAUUAAAAAACAAUUUUCAACUUUGAACAAAUAUGUACUGAUCACAAACGAGAUUGGGAUCUCAAAGGGGUCGGGAUCCCAAUGUGGUGAGAAACCCCAUUGGGAUCCCAUUUGGAAACAGGAUCCCAAUCUGGUUCAGGAUCCCAAUGAGGUCGGGAUCCAAAUGGGAUCCCAAUCGAAGUCAGGAUCCCAAUGGGAUCCGCUUUGGAAACGAGAUCUCGAUUGGGUUCUCAAUCGUGAUCGGUAACCACACGGGGUCGGGAUCCCAGUUGGAUUGGGAAACGUGAUCCCACAACUCUUGUCAGAAUUUAUUUAUAAUAUCUGAUGGCUGAAUGCUUCUGUGACUUUAUUUCCUGUGACUUUAUUUCCUGUGACUUUUUUUCUUGUGACUUUAUUUCCUGUGACUUUUUUUCUUGUGACUUUAUUUCCUGUGACUUUUUUUCCUAACAAAAUUUGUGACUUUUUUCAGUGACUUUUUUUCGCUCACCACUUCCACAUACCCUGUUCUACUGUUUAUGUCAUUCAUUAGUUGUUCCCUAAACAAAUUUUUCUUUGCUUGUUUUUAGGCAUACUUGGAGUUUUUCACAUCCAAAGAGAAUGUGGCCGCCCUGAAGCAGAUCCUGCCCAAAUAUCCUCUUGUCAACUAUCACAUCAUCAAUCAUUCAGUGAGUUCAUCAGCAUCACUUAGUUUUUGUACCCAGGAUUACAAACUUAAUUAACCUAGGGACUUUCUUUCCUUUACAGAUUUGUUUGGUGUACCAUCAUUCAUUUAAUUACAAAUGAAUAUCAUAGAAUGAUCACAAGAGAUUUGCAUUCAUUCAUUCCAAAAAAAUUGUUUUCUUUGAAAUGGCCGAUAAAAUAGCUUUUUAGACUCGUGGGGUCUAACAGUUUAAGAGCAGUUUGCUAUUAAAUGUAUAACAUUUAAAUAAUAUCAUAUUAAAACAUAACAUUUCAUCAAAACAAUAUAAACAGUACCUUUAUUUUGCAAAAAGAUCAGUUUUGAAUAUUAGGGGGCUGUCUCCUUUGUCACAACAGGGUGCUGCUGACUACACUAACUGUGAUGAGUUCCAGCCCAUUGCUGUGACAUGGGGCGUGUUCCCUGGCAAGGAAAUUGUCCAGCCAACCGUGGUAGAUCCAGAAGCUUUUAAAACGUGGAAGGUAAGUGAAAAGAGGCUGUUUAUAAUUAAAGAAUGUUGCAUUGGUUAGUUUCCCCUUUAUAAAAAGAAUAUUAAAAAAUGUCCUUUUAUUUUUGUGAAUACGGAAUAUUUCUUUUAUAGUUCAACUUUUUCUAAUUUAAGUUCAGGGCUGUUAAUAUAUAUUUUUUUUGGCAAACUGGUUAUCAGUAUAGGAAUCCAGUUUUAAACCGGUUAUCGGUUUAUACAAUGCUUGCUUAAGUAAUUGUUCCACACAGCAGUGUCAGAUUAAUAAGGUGUUGUUAUAUCGCACAUGGUAACUGAAAUCUAGUUUUAGAACUUUCAAAGCAACUCUCAGUUUGAUAAUUCAAUUUAGUGCAAUCCCCUUUAAUGCUUAGGAAGCAUGUGCUAGCAUAUAUUUGUGACCAGUGUGUGAUAAUGCAUUUGGCACUUAUGCAAACUUUUCAAGAGAAAUCUAUAGCCGACAACACAUGAUAAAAGACAAGACUAGUUUGGAUUUCAUUCCAAGCCGCAGUCGAUACUGGUUCUUGACAAUUGCUGGACACCCACCCCACAGUUUGCAGUUUGGUUAGACACACUAUUUUUAAAUUCAAAUAAAUUAGUAUUCAAUUCUUAUGAGCAACCCACAUGACCGUGUUAUAUCUCUAAAACAUGAAACACAGGAUGAGGCCUUUGCUCUGUGGUUGGAGACAUGGGCCGCUCUUUACCCUGCCGAGUCCUCAUCCAGAGAAGUCCUCCAGCACAUACAUGACAAUUACUACCUGGUGAACCUGGUCGACAAUGAGUUCCCCAAGGAGACUGUCCUAUGGCAGAUUGUAGAUGAGAUGCUUAACUUGGCUGGACAACAAGGUGAGCAAUAG